AUGCAGAAGAAGGGCUGCUUAACUCCGAAGCUUCCCAGAGCCCUGAGAGAAAAGAGGACAAAGCGGGGAAGGCGAGAGGAAGACCACAAAAGCAAAAAAGAGAAGGAAGGAAAGAAAAGAGAAAUGGAAGGUUCCAAGACACACAGCUCUGAAAGCAUGCCUGGAGACCUAUCAGAAGCCCUGAAGGAAGCCACCAAAGAGGUGCAUGAGCAGGCAGAGAGCACAGAGUUUAUGAAGAAUUUCCAGAGGGGGCAGGUGUCACUGCAGGAGUUUAAGAUGGUUCUGACUUCUCUGUACUACAUCUACUCUGCUCUGGAGGAGGAGAUUGAGCAUAACAAGGAUCACCCGGCCUAUAUCCCCGUUUACUUCCCAGCUGAACUGCACCGUAAGACUGCCCUGCAAGAAGACUUGGAGUAUUUCUAUGGCCCACUGUGGAGGGAAGAGAUCUCAUGUCCCGAGUCCACUCAGAGAUAUGUGAAUAGGCUCCACUAUGUGGGCCAGCAUGAACCAGAGCUCCUGGUGGCCCAUGCCUACACUCGGUACCUGGGAGACCUAUCUGGUGGGCAGGUGUUAAAGAAGAUUGCCCAGAAAGCUCUCCACCUACCCAGUACUGGAGAAGGACUGGAGUUCUUCACCUUUGAAGGGGUGUCCAAUGCCACAAAGUUCAAGCAGCUGUACCGCUCCCGGAUGAACUCCAUCGAGAUGGACCCAGUCACCAAGAAGAGAGUCUUGGAGGAAGCCAAGCGGGCAUUCUUGCUGAAUAUACAGGUGUUUGACGAACUACAGAAAUUGGUGUCCCAGUGCCAUGAGAACGGUCACCCUGCACAACAGAAGCCAGAGCUUCGCACAAGAGGCACCAGCGGAGCACAUGAGCAUGGACCAGCUCCUGUGAAAGAAGGUGAAAAGACAUUGAUGAAGCACACAGGCAUGCUGCCUAGCACUCCACUGGUACGGUGGAUUCUUGUCGUCAGCUUCCUAGUGACAACGGUAGCUGUGGGCUUGUUUGCCAUGUGAACAGAAGGGACUCUAGGCCUUGCCCUCCUGCCGCUCCCUCCUCAAACUAACACACCUAAUGCCAUCCAUCCUGCCCUCUACCCGGACACUCUGAUCUUGGCUGUGCCACUCACCCUUUUCCAAUGGAUUCAGAGGACUCUAAAGGCUUCGUGUGAAUUCUCCCUGAUCUGUGUUGAGAGCAUUUCUUAACCCACAGACUGAACUUGGCCAAAAAGCUGAGGCAGAAUCAGAAAGGUCGUGAAAGGCAUUGCUGGGACCUGGCACCGCUUCAGACAGUUCCUGCAAAGAGCCCCAGAUGUAAAGCACAGGUCUGGUAGCUUCCCUGCUGCCUGGGAAAAAAGCCUUACUGGUGCUUUGUUCACUCAGUGUUUCGUACAGCUGGCUGAUGCAGCAACGAUUGCUUCUGUGGCAUUAUGAGGUUCCCCUCUGAUAAUAGACUGUUUUAUAUGAUGCUAUUAGCCCGUUGUAGCAUAUUUUCCCAAUCAUGACUCAGAUCAAUUUUGUUUUGAGACAGCAGAAUGCAGUUGUUGAAAAUACAGUGUUGUCCUUGUGUCCUGUCUGUAUAAUUUAUACAUUAACAAUAAACCUCAAUAUAAGAUGA